AAGCCUCUCUCUCUCCCAGCUAUUCUGUAACUUCUGUGUUAAGCAUGUCUGUCCAGUACGAAGUGGCUUUGGCCACAGGUAAUUUUCCCAAAGCUGGGACCAUCGAUAAAAUCUUCGUGACUCUGGUGGGUUCCCUGGGCAACUCCGAAAGGGUCCUGGUAGGACUGGCAUGGAUAAUUAACAAGAUUCAAGAAGGCUCUGUCAAGACAAUAAAGAUUCAGAGUGAGAAUGACCUGGGUGAGAUAUUACUGGUGAGAUUGUACAAAGACAAACACACACUGCUACCUGAAGACAGUUGGUAUUGUCAAUAUGUCACUGUGAAGGCACCUGAUCAGAGAGUCUACUCCUUCCCCUGCUACUCCUGGCUGGAGGAUGAGAACACUCUGGAUAUCAUCGAAGGAACAGCUCGGAAAAAGCAUGAAUAUCAAUCGGCCAUCCUUGAGCAGCACUGGAUCAAUGAAUUAAGAAGCAGGCAAGAGGCCUAUCAAUGGAGCACCUACGCACCAGGAAUCCCCAGGUGCAUUAAGGCAAAAAGAAGCAGUGACUUACCCAAAGAUGCACAAUUUACUUUGGACCGAAAAGUGCACAUUGCUUUUAACCUUGAUUCUGCAUUUCUCGAGCUUGGCCUGAAUCCACUAAAACUGCUUACGAAUGUCUGGACGAAUGUGGGAGAAUUCCGUAAUUUUGUUGACUUCAGCAAGGUUCCAGUUGCAGCAUAUGUCAUGAAACAUUGGAAAGAAGACCCAUUCUUUGGUUACCAAUAUUUAAAUGGAUCAAACCCACAGCUGAUCAAACAAUGCCAAACCAUCCCAGCCAAGUUCCCCGUUACCAAUGAGAUGGUUUCUCCUUUUCUGGGACCGAACACCACACUCCAACAGGAACUUCAGAAAGGAAACAUUUUCCUUGUCGAUUAUGAGCUGCUGGAUGGAUUUCCAGCCCAUUCAAUCUUUGGACGUCAGCAGUAUCUCGAAGCUCCAAUGUGCCUUUUGUACAUGAAUCCACAGGAUGAAUUAAUUCCCAUCGCGAUUCAGAUCAAACAGGAGCCAGGACCACACAACCCCAUCUUCCUACCAAGUGAUAGCAAGUAUGACUGGCGACUUGCCAAGAUCUGGGCUCGACACGCUGACACGCAGGUUCACCAGCUGGUCUCUCACUUGUUGAAAACCCACCUCUUUGCAGAGGUCUUUUCCGUUGCAACACUGCGGAAGCUGCCAAACGCACAUCCCAUUUUUAAGCUGCUCAUGCCUCACCUGAAAUUUACUUUAGACAUUAACACAGCAGCAAGGAAUCUCCUGAUAUCAGAUGGAGGUGUUUUUGAUCAGGCUUUCUCUACAGGAGGGGAAGCAAAAGUACAAAUCCUGCAGCGAGCCUUGGAGCAAACAACCUAUUCUUCCCUGUGUCUCCCAGAAGACCUGGCAUUUCGCAGAGUGGAACAUCUGCCCAGAUAUUACUACAGGGAUGAUGCGCUGAAAAUCUGGUUUGCGAUAAACAGAUUUGUGGAAAGCAUCAUGGACAUCUACUACCAGAAUGAUGCCUCCGUUCAGGAAGAUUCCGAACUCCAAGAUUGGGCAAUGGAAAUCUUUACUGAAGGAUUCCUGGCCAGACAGUCAUCAGGAUUCCCGAUGGCAUUCCAAACGAAAGCAGACCUUACCAAGUAUCUCACCAUGGUGAUAUUUACCUGUUCUGGGAGACACGCUGCAGUAAAUUCUGGGCAGUAUGAUUGGGGCUCCUGGAUGCCAAACAAUCCAUCGACUAUGCAGAAACCACCGCCCAGCGAGAAGGGGAAGGCCAGGAAACUGGAUAUCAUGUGUACGUUGCCUGGGAAAAAGGAGACGGCCGCAGUGGUUGCGACUAUUUAUUUACUCAGCAAAACGUCACCAAUUUCAACCAAGCUUGGCGUUUACAUUGAGGAACGGUUUACUGAGGCAGCACCGAAGGUGUGCAUAGAGAAGUUCCAGCAAGAUCUGCUGCAGAUCACAGACGAGAUCAGGAAGCGAAAUGAAGAUCUUGAGCUGAAGUACGACUAUCUGCAACCCAACCUCAUCGAAAACAGUGUCGCAAUAUGAGAUCUUUGGGCUCCAUUUCCAAUUCCUGCUUCCUGUGGAUUCGAAUGUUCUGCUUCAAAAUUAUUCCAAAACGCUGAUGUAUUUGCUACUUACUUUCCACUUAAACGAAGGAAGAUAAGCUUCCCAAAA